GCAUCGUCUCGGACGCGGCUCUAUGCAAAAGCACCGCUGCUGCACUCCAAGCACUGGCCGAAGCCGGAUCCAGGUUAUCCCGAGGUGGCCUUGAUUGGCCGCUCCAACGUGGGGAAGUCCUCCUUGCUGAACCGCGUCUCGCAGUUCGGCACCGUGGCCAAAGUGUCUUCAAUGCCGGGGCAAACCAAACAAGCGGCUUGGUACCGCAACCGCAAGGUGCGUUUGGAUUUCAUCGACAUGCCCGGCUACGGUCACUCCGCCCGGGCCAAGGUCUUUGGGCCCGAGGCCUUGGAAUUCGUGCGGAACCGGACCUCCCUGCGCGCUCUUUACGUCCUGGUGGACGCCCGGCACGGCUUCAAGUGGACGGACCACGAGUGGCUCACGGAGCUGGGCUCUGCGGGGCCCAUGAAGCAGGUCAUUUUGACAAAGUGUGACAUGGUGCCGCGAAAGCGACUGAUCCAAAUAGCCUCCCUGGCACGGAGUGACCUGGAGAGAUACAAGCGCGUGGAACGGAAGAUCCUCCUGUGCUCCUCUGCUUGGCAAACCGGCUUCCACGACCUGCGCAAAGACAUUUGCCAACGCUGCGGCCUUAUGGACAUGAAAGAUCCUGGGCCUCAGCUACCUGGCGCGCGCAAGGAUCUGCCCAUGCGUGCAGUGAAGGGACAGGAUCUGGGAAUCAUCGACUGAGCGCAGAAAA